AUGUCUCUUCAACCAAAAUUCGCGGGCCUCAAGAUGGCUGGUGCAGCAGAGGCCCGCCAUACUCUUGAGAUAUAUCUGGACUAUGUCUGCCCUUUCUCUGCCAAACUGUUCAAAACGUUUUACGACCAAGUCCUCCCCUCACUCCCCGAAGCCGCCUCAUCACGCCUCACGGUGAUAUUCCGCCCACAAAUACAGCCAUGGCACCCAUCUUCCACUCUUGCGAUUGAGGCAGCACUGGCUGUUCUCAAGCUGGCCCCUACAAAGUUCCAGCAAUUUAGCGCUGCUCUGUUCGAGCACCAAAAGGAGUACUUUGAUGCCAAUGUGGUUAACGAGACGAGGAACCAGACCUACGAACGGCUAGCUAAACUCGCUAGUAAAGAAGUGGGCGUUGACGAGGAGGCUGUUAUGGGGUUGUUGCGUAUAUCAGAUAAGCCCGGUGCGGGCGGGGAUCUGAAUGGCGGGAAUGGCGUGACGGCGGAUGUGAAGAUCAUGACAAAGAGCUGGUGCAAGGGUAUCGAGGAAAGAAGCAUCAGUAGCAGUUUCACGAAGGACCAAUGGCUCGAAUGGGUGGAGAAGAACGUUGUUUGA